UUUCAGGUUCUCUCUUCCUUGAAUAUAAGAAACUGUAGAAUGAACUACGAACUUGAAAAAAAAGUGGAACACGAAAAUUGGUCAACAUUUAAGGAUCUUGAUGCGCGCGUUGGCGGGGAGCCUAUGUCUUAAUAUUGCCUACCUCUCCGCGCACUCCUUGGCUGUACAACACUACUACCUUAUACGAGAUAUAUCCCUUCCCGGUCGGCUAUAGGGUAUAAAUACCGGGCAGCAUCGACUCCAUCGGGUGUAGUAUUGUUACGGAAGAACCUCCUGGACGGAUCAUUCUACAAGUCCCUGUUCGCCAUAUUACGUCGCUUGCCAACAAGAGUGACACAGAGAGAAUGGAGAUUCUUCAACAUCAUAGCGCUUGUCACCGUAUACUGGCCAUUCCCGUUUUGCUUCUGCUACUCGGCGUGUCCAGCGGAUACAUCCUAACGGCUGACGAACUAUCACCAAUAGAAAAUUGGAAUGAAUUGGUGUUACGCUGCCGGCGUGCUGGCAGCGAUGAGAGCAAUUCAGUCACGGAAGAAGGAUUACUGCCAAUUCGUCCGGUUCGACGACUAGGCUCCGAAUUUCUAGGCAAACGGGCAAUCGAAAAUCUAUGUGCCGAUCUCAUAUUCUCUGACGAAAUUGACGAAGACUGGCUUUGCCAAUGCCUCCACAAGUGGAAUCGACCCCCAACCAACGAUCAACUUAUUGAUGAAGAAACAGCACCUGCUGUCAACUUGAAUAAACGUGGCCUGGGCGCUAUCUUACUUUCGGGUAAGCGGAUGAACAACAACAAGUGGAAUAGUAAUGCCCUUAAUCGCCGUGUCAUUGGUUCUGAAUUUCUCGGAAAAAGAGCUCUUUUGGGUAGUGAAUUUUUGGGCAAACGAGCUAUCAUGGGCAGUGAAUUUUUGGGCAAACGCAGUUCUAGUGGUCGUUCAAACGGUCCCUCUGGAGUUGCUAAAAUCGAAUAAAUGACAUGAAACCGCUCCUGCCCUCAUUGUCUCAUAUGAAAAAAACCCAAAAACAAAAAAAUAUAUCCCGGAAGUCUUUACCAAGGCUCUACAGAAAUUUUCUUAUUCUUCCUUUGUCUUUCCUUGUCAAUUCGAUGUUCCAUAAUAUACUGUGUCUAUAGGCAGCAGCAGUGCAUUCUAAAUUAUGGCGUCAUUUGGAACGAAAUUAGAUUUUCCAUUUUAUACCCAGCACUCAAUAUCUCCAAUCGAUCGAUGGGCAGCCCACAAAAAUAGAUAAAAGGAUCACUUUUCCACUACUGAUCUUGAGUUUGAAAACUGUUUUAUGUUUAUAUACACUUUACAAUAUUUCCACUUUCAAUACGUUUUUGUGCGCGUUAGCCCAUGCAACGUACACCUUUGGUUAUCCCUGUUUGUUUCGUUAUUUAUUGCAGCCAUAAAUCAGUACAUACUAAAAAAAAACUUGUAUAACUUUUAACGAUGCUUCUAAAUACAAUAAAUGCGUCUGGGGUU